GUUCUACUGUCUCCGCUCGUCAUGUCGAAUACACUUCGUCCCUACCUUGCCGCUGUUCGGUCGACGCUGACAGCUGCACUUACGCUGGAGAAUUUCUCGUCUCAGGUGGUUGAGCGUCACAAUAAACCUGAGGUUGAAGUGCGAGGUUCCAAGGAAGUGCUCCUGAACCCCCUCACCAUCUCCCGAAACGAGAAUGAGCGGGUCCUCAUCGAGCCUUCCGUCAACUCAAUACGGCUUAGCAUCAAGAUCAAACAGUCCGAUGAGAUAGAGCGCAUUAUAUGUCACAAGUUCGCGCGAUUUAUGAUGCAACGAGCGGAGAGUUUCAUUGUACUGCGGAGGAAACCUGUACCAGGAUACGAUAUUUCUUUCUUGAUCACGAAUGUCCACACAGAAACCAUGCUGAAGCACAAGAUGGUUGACUUCAUCAUUCACUUUAUGGAGGAAGUAGACAAAGAGAUCAGUGAAAUGAAGUUAAGUGUGAACGCACGGGCUCGCGUGGUCGCUGAGUCCUAUUUAACAGCGUUUAACUCGUAAUACGAAACGAAUACGUAAGUGUAAUGUAGCUACGGAACAGAGUGGGGCACGUCCUCUCUUUAUACCAGAUGGGGUCAACAUGCUAUAUCGCGUGGGCCUACCCAGGUGCUCCAAAAGGUGUAACUCAUGCAAGUUCCUUGUUUCGCCGUAUGGGUGCUAUGCAUUGAAUUAAGCUUACACCACCCUUGCCUCCAUUAAUCUUCUCUUAAGCUCCGAGCGAUCUGAUCUUUUCAUUCGUACAAGCCCCUCUGC